AUGGCGACGCCGAUACCCCGUGAGUGGGUAGGGCUGCAGCAGUUUCCGGCGGCCACCCAGACUAAGCUGCACGAGCUCCUCGGCAAGCUUAAGGAGGAGAAUGUGAGCACAUUGACGAUUCUGGUGAUGGGGAAGGGCGGUGUGGGGAAGUCGUCCACUGUCAACUCCAUUGUCGGAGAGAGGGUCGCUAAUGUCAGCGCCUUUCAGUCUGAGGGUUUGAGGCCUAUGAUGUGCUCCCGCACCAGGGCCGGAUUCACCUUGAAUGUUAUCGACACUCCUGGUCUGAUUGAAGGUGGAUACAUCAAUGAGCAGGCUGUUGAGAUCAUCAAGAGGUUUCUUCUGGACAAGACUAUUGAUGUCCUCCUGUACGUGGAUCGCCUGGAUGCGUAUAGAAUGGAUACAUUAGACGAGCAAGUUAUAAGAGCCAUCACUAAUUCAUUUGGAAAGGACAUAUGGCGAAGAACAUUGGUUGUUUUGACCCAUGCCCAACUCUCGCCGCCUGAUGGACUUGAAUACAGUGAUUUCUUUACAAGAAGAUCAGAGUCACUUCUGCGAUAUAUCCGUUCUGGUGCAGGAAUCGGCAAACGAGAACUUGCGGAUUUUCCCUUGCCGUUAGCACUGGUGGAGAAUAGUGGCAGGUGUAAGACCAAUGAGAACGGGGAGAAGAUUCUUCCUGAUGGAACCCCAUGGGUUCCUAACUUGAUGAAAGAAAUUACUGUUGUGGUCUCAAAUGGGAGCAAGCCCAUUCAUGUUGAUCAGAAGUUGAUCGAUGGUCCAAAUCCCAACAAUCGCUGGAAGAUGUACAUACCUCUCAUCCUUGCGGUGCAGUACUUUUUCGUGGUAAAAGGAAUCCGAAGGGCAAUUCAUUCUGACAUUUCGAAUGGGAAGCUGGAUGACUGGGAGCAGCGUUAUAGAGACUUGGUUGGAAGCGGUAACCCUGUAGACCAGAGAGUUUCAUCAUCCCGCAACCCGAAGGCCUGAGUGUAAACUCAGGCCGGUCUCUGCACCAUGGUCUAUUUAGCUCUUAGCAAUGUUCUUUUCCUGCACCUAAUUCCAGUGGUCUGUUUUGGGGACUUUAUAGAGUGCUCUGGGACAACUUGAAUAAAGUUGCUAGCGUUUUGGUUGCUAAGAAAAUGUAUUCCAUUUUGUUAUGCUCUCGCAAUUUUGCAGAUGUUAUUAUCUAAAUUAAGGUAUUUGAAUUUCUUGUGUAGCCUGUAUAUUUGGAGUUGAAUGUGGUUGAUUA